AUGUCGCCUGCGAACUCUCCCCUCUCUCUAUAUCGGGCAUCAUCAUGCUUCAUCGUUUCCGCCUCCGAUCCCCGUUCUUCGAUUCGCAUUCGAUUGCUGCUAUCGUUCGAUCCGGAUUACGACGUUCUCUUGAUUGGCGCUUUUGAUCUUCCCGAGUCAAAGAUGGAACCCAUGGAUAUUGUUGGAAAGGCGAAAGAGGAUGCUUCGUUACCGAAAGCUACAAUGACUAAAAUUAUUAAGGAAAUGUUGCCUCCAGAUGUACGUGUUGCAAGAGAUACUCAAGAUCUUUUAAUCGAGUGCUGUGUAGAAUUUAUUAAUCUGAUUUCAUCCGAAUCAAAUGAAGUUUGUAGCAGAGAAGAUAAAAGAACAAUUGCACCAGAGCAUGUUCUCAAAGCACUAGAGGUUCUUGGUUUUGGGGAUUACAUAGAAGAAGUAUAUGCUGCAUAUGAACAACACAAACUGGAGACAGUGGAUACAGUGCGAGGUGGAAAGUGCACAAAUGGAGCUGAGAUGACUGAAGAAGAAGCAUUAGCAGAACAACAGAGGAUGUUUGCAGAGGCACGUGCUAGAAUGAAUGGUGUUGCAAAGGCUCCUCCAAAACAGGCUGAAGCUGAGCCAAGUUUAAACAGCUAACUUAAACUCCUAUCACCUCUAAAAUUAAUUCUAGUAGCUUCUUCUUCAGCCACUCUUUCUCUAAUCUUAUCUACGAUAUGUACAAAGUCCCUUUGGCUGUUGCCUGUUUGAAUGUUAGUGUAAUUUGUACCUCUCUCCCGAUUUAUGUCUAUAUGCUUGCUGAUCAUUAGUAAGGUUUUAGUCAAAGUCAUAGCUGCCUCUUAUUUGUUUAGGCGAUCUGCAGCUCAAUGGUUUCUUACUUUAUUAUUGUUCAAAAGGGUAAUUAAAUACAAGGUUGCUUACAUUAUUUUCAAGAUUUACUGUUUUAUCAUUUUUAUGUUCAUGAUUUAUUUACCGUUUAUGUGUUGG